AUGCCAGCCGCUGGAAACUAUCUCCGCUGGAUUACUCUUUGUCAGGCAUUACCCCAAAUCGGGGUUUAUACAUCUAUCGGAUUAGGUUCAACAGUAUUGUUUCUGAACUUUUGUGGAGCUCAAAAACAGUUUGGACCCUAUAAGUACAUUCUCAACUCGUUCACCAUUUUGGGUAUGAUAUUUGCGAUAGUGGACGUUAUUGUUUAUCCGAACGUACAUAAUUACAACGCCGGCUUUAUUGUCUUCACAUUUGUCAAACCUUUUGGUAUAAGUGAUUUGAACGAACUAGAAAUAAUUCUAGCCAGCUACACAUUUUUCUACGCUGCUACAAUAGCUUUGCUAUCCACCCAGUUCAUUUACCGGUAUUGGGAACUAUCUGAACCUUACUAUUAUGGUACGUGUAUUGAUCUUCUUGAUCGAUUCCCAUUUGAGAAAACUGCUAAAAUAAUUUUGCAGCCACAACUGCUCACACUGAACUACCUCAAAACUCACUUGGCGGACAAGUAA